UUUUCAGACACCCUAAACAUUUGACAUACUGUCACUUUUAUGCAUACUUGUAUGCGAGCUGCCUAGAACGUGACACCAGAAUGUAAAGUUCACCAUAAAUGGCUUCACUCUUUGUCUAACUGUUGUUGUAUUAGAACGGCAAAAAUGUGUGACAGUGCCAUGUGAGGGCAGGACCUCUCCCCAAGCUCCACGCAGACAGCUGCUCCCUGAUGACUGUGCACAUACGGACCCCUCCGAGCCCUUUAAACUUUAAAGGUCCAUCAGAGAACCAGCUGUGUGCGAGUGUUAAAGAGACUGAGAGUGUGUGAGAGUCACUGUUCAUUUUCAACCAUUUGGCUGAACGAAACACGCCGGCCAUUAACAAAGUGCAAUUUCCAACAAUCCAGAGGUCUGUUGUUUGUGUCAGAAUGGGAGCGUUUAUCGCCAAGAUGUUGUUGCCCACCAUCAGCAGUCUGGUGUUCUUGCCCGCAGCCAGCGUGGCCGCCAAGAGAGGCUUUCACAUGGAGGCCAUGGUCUAUUUCUUCACCAUGUUCUUCACAGCGAUUUAUCACGCCUGUGAUGGACCGGGGCUGUCUAUACUCUGUUUCAUGAAGUAUGAGAUUCUGGAGUACUUCAGCGUGUAUGGAACAGCCAUCUCCAUGUGGGUCACAUUGCUAGCGCUGGGAGAUUUCGAUGAACCCAAACGCUCAUCGCUCACUAUGUUUGGGGUGCUGACUUCGGCUGUGAGGAUCUACCAGGACCGAUGGGGCUACGGCAUCUACUCCGGCCCCAUCGGAACAGCUGUCUUCAUGAUAACAGUCAAAUGGUUACAAAAAAUGAAGGAAAAGAAGGGACUUUAUCCAGACAAAAGCGUUUACACUCAACAAGUGGGACCGGGAUGCUGUUUCGGCGCUCUUGCUUUAAUGCUUCGCUUCUAUUUUGAGGAGUGGGACUAUGCUUACGUCCACAGUUUCUAUCACGUGUCGCUGGCCGUGUCUUUUAUCCUGCUACUGCCCAAGAAGAACCGUUAUGCUGGGACGGGACGCAACGCGGCCAAACUCAACUGUUACACCCUCUGCUGCUGUAAAUCACAACCGCCAAUAAAGGAGAAAGCACGGACCAUCUGGACCACUCCCCAAAAACCCUGGACGCGGACCGGUGGUCCUGGCUUGCCAUUUCACAAAUCCCAGCCACGCACCAUGUAACGCAAGAAACGGCAUCUGCUAACGGCACCCUGAAAGCGAGGACAGUUAUACGACCUCCCAGCAGGCCAAGUAUGCUUUGGACAACUUAUUCGUAGGGAUAGAAUGAUGCCCCGCUUGUCAAAAAAUGACGAGAAGGUGUCGGUACUGAAAAACAGUCGGGAAGGUUGUGAAGAGGGUCUUCGGGACCAGAGAAGAAAGGACUGCCGCGAAGCUCCAAACAUACCGUAACGCUCCAGCUGGAAAGUUUAUGAGUCAGAAAAAACAGCAGACGUAUUAUCUGUCCAAAAUGAAUAAACUGUCUUUCAAAGGUUCCUCAUAAGGGACCACUUGUCUAUGAAUGUUAAAAUGAUUGUAAAAAGGCCAUUUAAUUCUUAUAUUCAAGUGUUUGUGCCAGACAGGUCAGACAUCAUCUGGGUACAACUAAACUCGUAGCUAAACCUAUCAAACGGUUUUGAUAUAUCGUGUAGUACAUUGAAAGACGUAAAAAUGAUUCAUUUUUGACAUUUUGUUUCUUUCUUGUAAAUAUAUCUAUUUAUUGCACAGCCCAUGAUUUAGUUCUUUUGUUUCUGUUUAUGUGUGUGUUUUUUAUUUAAUGACAUAAAA